CACUCAGCAAUCUACCGGUUGUCAAGAUGGCUAAAAUACGGAUAUAUAUUGUUUCUGAAAUUUUGUUUUUAGUCAAAGCCAUCGAAAGUUUAAAUGUAUUGUUAUGUGAAAAUUCUACACAAAGAUAUCAAAACUUAACCUGUCCUGAAAACAAAACAAUAAGUUGGAAAUGGAUUACUUAUGGUGAAUAUCCAUGUCGGGAUGCCAAAAACAACCGCAUAUGUCUUUCAAAUAUAGAUACUUACUUCAAUGACCAUUGUCUUCGACAAAACAAUUGUACUCUUCCAAUCGACAUUUUGUCAAAUAAGAGUUGCCAACCUCCACCAAGACGCUUAGCAGUAAAAUUUAAAUGUGCUAUAGAUUCAUGGUGGUGGUCUGAUUACAAUCGUGGUUAUGUUGAUACCUGUGCGAAUUCGUUAGCGGAAGUCAAGUGUAUUUACAAUUACUACAUACAUAUUAAAAAGGUCUCGUCUUACAGUGAUGGAGGAAGAUGUGGUGAAAUGAACACGGACCGUACCAAAGAUCGUCUUGAACAGUUAUGUAAUAACAAACGCUUCUGCUCACCAGAUACAACUAAAGACUCGUGGCUUUUUCAUAAAAGAUACGCCAAUAUUAACUAUUAUUGUAGAAGACAAUCAGAUCCUCUAGUUACAGAGAGCCUACCAGGCACAGCAUCAGAUCAUGAACUUGAUAUGACUACUAUCUCGACUUCAAAUACUAUCACUGAAAGUGACAAACAGACUGUACUGAGACUUGAUGAUAAUCACCGAGUAGAAAUUUACCAACAUUCGCUCAACCGAAAGCUGUACCUAUGUAGUUUUGGAUGGGAUGAUUAUGAUGCUGCAGUAAUCUGUAGAUAUCUAAACAAAACAUGGACAGGAAAUGCUACAACCGUUGAUAAAUUGUUUGAUAUGCAGAUUCGUCCUUAUUCCCUGCAUUGUGGUGGACAUGAAUCUAGUUUGUUAGCAUGCAAUAAUACAAAGGAAGAAAACGGUUGUAAUAGAACUACAGUAGCUGGUGCCAUAUGCUGUCAAGGUACAAAAUGUUUAUUCACUGAAUAA